AAUCACGCAUAAAAACAUAAAUAAAUUUAAAUACUAAAAUGCACGAAACGUGUGAUAUAUCAGCUUAUAUUUAAAUUGGUUUCAAGAAAUUAUAGGUUAUGUGAUAUGCGUGGAUGAUGGAUGUGGACAUGACCGAUCUGCUCUGCUAUAUUAUAAAAUUGCUACAAUAAUCAGCAGUACUGGAUAGACUCUGGUGCUGUAUCGCCUGCGGGCGUGAUCUAAGAAAAAAUAGCUAAUGCUGACGAUAAUUAGAAUAUAUGGGACGUAGACAUUGACCGUAAACACACGCAGUUUGAAGUUAGUGCCUUAUUUUCUACAAAUACUAUUCAGUGUAUUUAGUUAUCGGUAUCAUCAAACAGUGGACUGAAAUACUUUAUAUUACAAUCAUAUAAAAAAUUAUUGUCAAGUGGACAAUUUUUACGUUUUACGUAUUAUGAAUUUAUUGAUCUAACCUUUACAUAUGUGCAAUGGAAUUAGCUACACUACUUAGAAACUGCGUUGUUUCUACAAAACUUACAAAUACAGACAUGAAAAGUACAGAAGAAAAAGAAAAACAAGAAGACGAAUACUUCCAAAAAGUGUAUGCUGAGUGGAAAGGUAUAGAUGCCAAAGAUACAGAUGAUACAUACAAAGUUAUUCCUAAAUUUUACUUUAAGAUUCCAAAAGAAGAUGAAAUACUGCUACAAAAACUCAGAGAAGAAACUAGAGCUUUAUUUUUACAAAGACGAUCUCGACAAUUAAUAGAUAAUAAUGAACUGAAAACUUUAUGGGCUUUGUUAGAUGAAUAUUAUACUCCACCACUAUCGGGUAAAGAACAAUUAAUCAAUUAUGAAGAUUUCAAAAAAGUAUCCAAAUUUGUUGGAUCAAAAGGAAAACAAUAUUUCUCUGCUGUUGUAUUUGCUAAAUUACAACAAGGAGACCCACAUGGAAGAAUAAAUAUCAUAACUCUUUUUAAUUACGUUAUGAGAAAAGUUUGGUUGCAUCAAACUCGCAUUGGUCUUUCGUUAUAUGAUGUUACUGGACAAGGAUACUUAAGGGAAUCGGACUUAGAAAAUUAUAUUUUUGAGUUAAUUCCAACUCUACCACAACUUGAAGGAUUAGAGAAAUCUUUUCAUUCAUUUUAUGUUUGUACAGCAGUUAGAAAGUUUCUUUUUUUUUUAGACCCUCUCAGGACAGGUAGAGUAAGAAUACAAGAUAUUUUAGCAUGUAGUUUUCUAGAUGAUUUAUUAGAAUUACGAGACGACGACCUUCCAAAAGAUUUGCAAGAAGCUAAUUGGUUUUCUGCUCCAUCUGCACUAAAAGUAUAUGGACAAUAUCUAAAUCUUGAUAAGGAUCAUAAUGGGAUGCUUAAUAAGGAAGAAUUAUCUGGUUAUGGAACUGGAACAUUGACUGGAGUCUUCCUUGAAAGAGUUUUUCAAGAAUGUUUAACAUAUGAUGGAGAAAUGGACUAUAAAACAUAUCUUGACUUUGUUCUUGCUUUAGAAAAUCGUCAUGAACCUCAAAGUUUACAUUACUUAUUUAGAGUUCUGGAUAUUAACGAUCAAGGAUAUUUAGAUACAUUUUGUCUUAAUUAUUUUUUUAAGGCAAUCCAAGAACAAAUGACUAUACAUGGGCAAGAGCUAGUUAGUUUUGAAGAUGUGAAAGAUGAAAUUUUUGAUAUGGUAAAACCAGCUGAUCCUUAUAAAAUUACGUUGCAAGAUCUUUUGUCUUGUGGACAAGGCGAUACUAUGGUUAGUAUUCUGAUUGAAUUUCAUGGUUUUUGGGCAUACGAAAAUCGCGAGGUAAUGGUAGCAGAUAAUGGAGAUGAAUCAUCUCAUGUAUAAAAACUGUGAUUUUUAUAGAAACUAAAAAUAUUUAUCAUAUUUUAUAACUGUGACUGAAAAUUUUAUUUGUUUAUUGCAAAGGCUAAUAUAAUGUAUUUUUCAUUGAUAAAAUGAAUUAA